UAUUUUAUCGACCCCAUCAAAGAAAGGCGGAUGAUGAGAAAGUUUGAUGCAAAAAAAAAGCUGACCCCAUCUCAACAGCUCUACGCAAUCAUGGCUAUGGGUGUUCUAUACAUGAUGUCCAAUCUCGAUCGAAGCAACUUGGGAAAUGCCAAUAUCGCAGGAAUGCCAGAGGAUAUUGGGCUUGUUGGCAACCAAUUUGGCACAGCGACAACCCUGCUUUUCGCCACCUAUGUUCCGCUCGAGGGACCAGUUGCUGUGCUUCUGAAAUUGAUAGGCCCCAAGCCUCUCAUGACCGCCAGUGCUUUCUGUUGGGGAGCCAGCUCUCUCGGAAUGGCCUUCAUCCAGAACUACCACGGACUAUACGCUUGCCGACUGCUGAUAGGCUUGUUCGAGGCCGGACUUAUUCCUUGCAUAAACGUCUACCUUGGCUGGGUCUACAAGAAGUCCGAACGGGGUCAACGAUCUUCCUUCAUCUUUGCCUUCAGCGCUUUCUCUAGUGCCUUUGGUGGUAUUCUCGCAUACGGUCUUACCCAGAUCCGCACUUCCAACUUUGAAGGCUGGCGGUGGCUGUUUGCCGUCGAGGGUGCCAUGACCAUCAUCGUUGUGCCCAUGUUCUGGCUCGUCUUCCCCGAAUCGCCUACCGAAGCUUGGUUCUUGACGGCCGACGAAAAGGACAUGAUGAAGGCUCGUUAUGCAGCCGAUCCCUCUUGGGGUCACGAUGAGAAGUUCUCCUGGAACGAAUGUCUUAAGGCCUUUACCGAUCCCAAAUGGUAUGCAUUCUUUGCAUACCAAUUCUCGGUAAACAUUUCUCUAUACGGACUGACAACUUUCAUGCCGGCCAUUGUCCGUGGCCUUGGUUACGCAUCUGUCACGGCCAACCUCAUGACUGUUCCCAUAUAUGUUUGCGCCUUGGUAUUCUUUUUGGUCAUUGCGUAUUUCUCAGACAGAACUGGUUACCGUGGACCGUACAUUGCUGGAUGCCUUCUCUGCCUAAUUGUUGGCUAUGCGCUUUUGAUUAGUGUCGACAACCUCAAAGUGAGGUUCUUUGCAAGCUUCAUUGCGGCUCUCGGAAUUUACCCAACAACGGGCCUGUCGUUAAUGUGGCUGCAAGAUAACGUAUCGAAGCACUAUAAGCGAGCGACCAUGGUUGGAUUCACUCUCUGUCUCGGAAACACUGCGGGUGUCGCCGUGGGGCAGAUCUUCACUACACAGACCGCCCCGCGAUAUAUUCCUGGACUGACAAUCGCAUUGGGCUUGGCAUGCUUUGCCUUUGUCGAUGUGCUGGUUCUUAUGACUGCCUUCACUUGGGUGAACCGGAAGCGCGCGGCCAAGAUAUUGGCUGCGGAACAAGCCGGAACUCCGAUCGUGCCGAAUCCCGACUUGGGCGAUUACGAUGUUUACUUUAGGUACUCAAUCUAGAUUUGACGAUAGGGUCAAAUGUUGAGAAGGUCAUGAUAGGAGCUUACAAGUUACAAUUACACCGAAAGACGGACCUCAUUAUAUUGAUGUUGUGAUAGAGCCAACGAUCCACCCGGAGUUUAAUUCAGUAGGGGCCAAAAGGUAGCUUAGGAUGGCCCUACUUAAGGC